GGAAGUUGUUGAGAUAAGACACACCACUCGCUUCAAAAAAUAAUAAAGAAAUGGACGGCGAAAAAGGCGUAUACAACGAACCUUGGAAUGAUGCCGACGAUGACUAUGAAAAAAUGGAUUGUAUCUUACUCAUUCAUACCCAUGAAGGUGAGCCAAUUGCGAGAUUCAUCCAAGAAAAUCUCAGAAGAUUACAGGUCAUAGUCAACGUUUGUGACGUUACAGAACUAGAGAGCAGAAACAUCAACUUCCAGCUUACACUUCUCUUGGUUACACCGGAAAUGAUAACCUACAUGAAUGACUUUGGCGAUUCUUUUCGCCCAGGGCUUCAUUGCAAAAUGAACAGAGCGUUCGGUAUCUUGGUCGAUAAAUCGGUAAAUAUGGAAGAAGAAACUAUUAAAUCGGUUCUUGGAAACAGUCUUCCAGAUUUUAAAUCCUGGAAAAUCAUCAAAUUAACACAAACUCAGCCGACUAUGAUUCAAAUUCUGGAUCUUUUAGAUGGUGCACAGGAAUCAGCAAUGCCAACUACACUUAAAUAUCAUCUACAACCCGCUGUCAUUACGGAUGGAGACAAGGUUGUUGUACUUUUUAAAAGCGAAAAGGAGAGGUCAGAUGACGUUGUUGUACGUGCUGGAAACCAAACAUUUGAUACUGUUUACCACAAUCCUUAUACUUUUGCCUUCACGCCAUGCGGGUUAUCUUGUGGCGAAGUAAAAGUCGAUGUAUUGGUGAACAACAAGAGUGAAGGAAGCACGAAAGUUACAGUACAAAAUAGACUACACACCCUACAAAACAUGAUGGGAAACAUAUUCUCUCCAUUUGAGUUUCUUUGUCAGGUUUUGCCACUUUCAGAAAAGCAGCGAAAAGAGCUUGAUAAUGAGCUUGAAAACAGAAUGAAUGCCGAUGGAUUUGAAAAAUAUGUUGAUCGAAUUGUAUUUGACUUAAGUCAAUCAAGUGGUAUGGAUGCAGAUUUCCCCACCAUUUUGCAUUUUUGUGCAAAAUUUGGACUCGCAAAAGCAUGCAAAUUAAUGAAAUUGUCAAAAGGAUAUGACGAAGCUUUAACAAUAAUAAACAAGGAUGGUGACACCCCGAGUACUCUAGCCAAGAAAAUGGGAUAUGAACAGAUGUCAGCUGAUCUGGAUCCUUUGGAAGCUCCAAAAAAGUCCCCAAGUGAUCCAUAUAGUCUUGUGAGAGGAAAAGAAAAGAAGAAAGAAUAUGAGUACCCACCCCCCUUACCAGAGCGUAAAAAUUACCUACAUACAAGCAUGAAGAGUGAUCGACCAAAACAAGUAGCUUUGAAAAGAAGUCCCUCUGAUAUUGGAGGAUAUUCAUCUCAUCAAAACAGAACAGGAUAUUGGACGCAUAUUGAGAACACAAGAAACCAACAUAUCCGACAUUUUUCGUUCGAUGACAAUUCCAAAUGCCCAAAUCAAGAAAACAAGAGGUUAAAUACGAGAAAGGACACUGCUUUUCCAACGGACGUUCCUUUUCCGACUAUUGGAAGAUCGUUCCAGAAUUGAAGAAUAUUUAUCUCAGAGAAUGAGCUAACCUACAUCCAUGCUGAUAAACAAUAUCUUUAAUACGACGUAGUCCUUGUUAUAACCUAUUUGAUAAAAAACCCAACAUUUAUUUGUUUGUGACGAUUCAACUAUACAUCAUAUAUAUUACUGCCGUUCAGAAUUAAUGUUUAAUUUCAAUUCUUUAAAAAUAAACCCACUGGAA